CUAUGCCUCUGAAAGGUGCAGGGUGCGUCUGUAAUGCUGAGAUGCAGCAAAGCAGAGAAUGUGCCGCUUCCCCCUGGAUUAGGUGCAUUACGGUACUCCACAGCUAAUGCAGUGGCGCUGAAGUUGGGGGUGGUGUGUGUGUGUGUUUAUGUGUGGUUGGGGGGGGCGGUUAAGGGGCUUGAUGGAUACUGAGAUGAAGAGGAGGAAGAGCACAAUGGAAGCACAGACUGUUGCAAAUCCCCCAGCCUAGUUCUCACUGCAGAGAAGUUUUUUUUUUCAUUAUGAUGAAAAAGAGCUGGGAGGUGCGGAGUGGAGACAGAGAAGUCCUUCUGGAUUUGGACGCCAGGGGUGAAGCUCGCACCACAGACGGCUACGGCAGUCUGCAGAACGGGGACUGUUUCCCUUCACCAUGUUUUUCAUCCGCAGCUUCAAAGUGCCACAUCCACGGUGAUGAUCCAAUUCAUUUGCGCUGCAUUACGAGAGAUAACCAAGCGGUCUCAAAAAUGGGCAACUACUUCAGAGAUGGACGAACUAAAAUUGAUUUUGUGCUGGUGUGGGAGAUCCAGUCACGGGGCAAGCAGCGAGGGAAGGGGAAAAGCAACGGGACCUCUGAGGAUGGGGAGUCUGCACAACUGGCAGAGUGGAGGGACAAGUUUGUCCAGAACCUCCAGAGUGCUGGACUGCUCUUGGAAAAGGAGGAAUCUGCAAAUGAAAAGAAAACCAUACAUUUUCUUAAAGUCAGCGCCCCGUGGGAUGUGUUGGUUUACUAUGCUGAGGAACUUUGCCUCCGAGCUCCACUGCAGGCCCAGCAACACCUGGACCUGAACACAUCUUCCGUUGUUCUAAGAAGACUCUGCGUACCCAACAUAAUGAUGGAAUCGGUGCCAAACAGGCCGCUGGACUAUUACACAUGCGCCUUCCGCAAGUCAAAGAUGAACAGAUUCCUCGGCUCCGAAGACCAAGACAGCUACUUCACCAAUACUCAGAGACACCAGGUUGUUUAUGAGAUCCUCGCUCGGACGGUGUACGGCAAAAGAAAGAGGACGGAGGUUGGUGUGGAUAGACUGGUAAAUGAAGGGGCCUACACAGCAGCUUAUCCUCUGCAUGAGGGUCCUUUCAAGCUUUUGAGCCACGAGCUCCAUCCUGACGAGCUCAACCAGAGGCAGGUCCUGCACUACUACUGGGCUCGCUGGUGCAAAUGGUUCAAGUACCAACCACUAGAUCACAUUCGGGAGUACUUUGGAGAGAAGAUUGCCCUCUACUUUGCUUGGCUAGGUUUCUACACAGCCUGGCUGCUGCCGGCGGCCAUAGUGGGAACGUUGGUUUUUGUGUCAGGAGUCAUGUCCAUGGACACUAACACGCCAGCGGAGGACAUUUGUAACAGUGGUGCGAAGUAUCCGAUGUGCCCCCUUUGUAAAACCUGCGAUGCUUGGAACAUGUCUGACAUCUGCACCAUGGCAAAGCUGGGCUACCUGUUCGACCAUCCCGGUACCGUGUUCUUCAGCGUUUUCAUGUCCUUCUGGGCCGUGACCUUUCUGGAGUUCUGGAAGCGCAAGAUGGCUACCCUGGCCCAUCACUGGGACUGCAUGGAUUUCCAUGAGGAGGAGGAACGUCCCCGUCCUGAGUUUGCCGCCACGGCCCCGACUAUGGAGGAAAAUCCAGUGACUGGAGUCAAAGAGCCAUACUUUCCAGAGAAGACGAGACUGUCUCGCAUGUUCACUGGCUCCAUGGUCAUUGUCCUGAUGCUUUGUGUGGUGAUAAUCUUCCUGGUGACAGUGGUCAUGUGUCGAGGAGUCAUCAGUGUCAUGAUGUACCAGAGCGGGAGCCCUGUGCUGCGUACAGAGGCUGGAACCAUAGCUAACAUCUGCAGCAGCAUUGUGAACCUGGGCUUCAUUCUGGUAAUGGGUCAGGUUUAUACGGCCUUAGCUGAGCAGCUCACCAAAUGGGAGAUGCACAGGACCCAAACCCAGCAUGAUAACGCUUUCACCCUCAAAGUGUUCAUCUUCCAGUUCGUCAACUUCUACUCGUCUCCCUUCUACGUGGCUUUCUUUAAGGGAAGGUUUGUGGGUUACCCUACAAACUAUGGAACCUUGUUUGGGAUGAGAAACGAAGAUUGUGGUCCUGGUGGUUGCCUCAUUGAGUUGGCUGAACAACUCUUCAUCAUAAUGGUGGGGAAGCAGCUCAUCAACAACAUCCAGGAGUUCAUUAUACCCAAAGUAAAAGCCUGGCGGCAGAAAAGAACCUUGGCCAGCGUGUUGCAAGAUAAUGAGCAAGACGACCCGCGGCGCUGGGAGGAAGACUACAAGCUGGUACCGUGUGGGGGCCUGUUUGAGGAAUAUCUGGAAAUGGUCCUCCAGUUCGGGUUCAUCACAAUUUUUGUAGCAGCGUUCCCCCUCGCCCCGCUCUUCGCCCUCCUGAACAACUGGGUGGAGAUUCGCCUUGACGCCCACAAGUUUGUGUGCGAGUACCGCCGACCGGUGGCUGAGCGGGCUCAAAACAUCGGUGUUUGGUUCAACAUCUUAGAAGCCUUGUCUCAUCUGUCUGUCAUUGCCAAUGCCUUUCUAAUCGCCUUCACAUCAGAUUUUUUACCACGCCUGCUCUACCAGUACAAAUUCAGGAAUGAUCUUAAUGGAUACGUUGACUUCACCUUGGCCUAUGCACCACUCAACUACACCGACUACCCUAGGUGCAGAUAUAAAGCAUUCAGAGACAAUGAUGGAAUGUAUACACUCUUCUACUGGGAACUCCUCGCUGUGCGACUCGGUUUUAUCAUUGCAUUUGAGCACGUGGUAUUUUUUGUUUUGCGAGCCAUUGACUGGAUCGUACCCGACGUCCCCGAGUCCUUGGAGCUGAAGAUCAAGCGAGAGCGCUACCUGGCCAAGCAAGCGCUGGCUGAAAACCAGGAGGCGCUGCUGCAAGCGACACGUCCUUUGGAUUGAUGAAUCCGGACUGGAAUGAAACGCUUGGAGGAAACAUUCGAGGAAGACGCUCCUUUGAAUUUAGAAAGAUCAUUUUUUUCAUCAUUUGAAAGUCAAAAAGCCAGCUCCAGAUGAGAUUGUUGAUGCCGCUGCACGCAUACUGAGGCAAAGGAAACUAAGGUCACUGGCUGGCUCUUUCGCCAGGAGGAUUCAAACUUCAGUUGUUGGAUGUUUGAGCUGUAAUUUAAGCUGGGCUUAAUUCAUCAAGCAUGAGGAAUAAUGACGCCGCUUCUCUGCAGAUUAACUUGAUUUAUGACUACCAGCAGCUACAGCAUGCAUUGUUGAUGCAGAUGUGUACAGAAUCUCGCGAGUGUACUCACAGCCCCUUUAUCUUUUUAUUUAUUUUUUUUACAUUUUGUCACAUUGCAACCACAAACGUCACUGUGUUCCACUGGGAUUUUAUCUGUCAGAAAAGCACUUGUAAAGUACAAGUUAUAUUCAAAGUAAAGUAGUUUAUCAUAUUUUUUUGUCUUAAAAAUAAAAAUCUGAAGAGUGUGGCCUGCAUUUCUUUUCUCCCCUUUUACUGCGACUAUCCUGAAGAUGCAGUUCAUGAGAAGAAAAUAAAUCUGUUUGGCAUAAAGGCAUAACACUGUCCACCAUGAACACAACACCACCGUGAACCCUCUCUCUAAACUCUGGACAUUAGUUGGCUAAUCUUUAUUUACCCCAGAAAAGCCACAUAUCCAGUCCAGAUUUAGCGCAACCAAAGGCUUUAUUAGCUCAGCUAUGUUUUUAAACAUGAUUAUUCUUACCACAGUUCGACGUUGUUUUGGUGAAACCGUCUUCCUAGCAAAAUGGUUUUUUGGGGGGGAUAUCAGUGGCAACGUCAUGUUUUGAAAAGUCCCAGCCAAAAAAUUCAGAAUGACCUAAUUUAAUCCACCGGUACUCUAACAGAAUCUAAUUCAAUCUAAUCAGUGGUAAAAUAAUUAUGUUUACAGAUGUUCUGCAGAAGGUUUGGGCUAUCGAAUGAGCAAAUGUGGCGGAGGCAUCGCCUCGGCAAUCGAAUAUUGCUGUCAUCAGCGCACAGGACUCUGAGCAUCUUUGUUUCUGAAGCUUUUGUUUUUUGUCUAUCGCAUAAAAUACCAGUAAAAUACUUUGAAGUUUGUGGUCUAACAUGACAAAAUGCCAUUAUUAUGAAAACAUUCUUGUAGAACUCUUAUGUUACCUUGAAUUAAAAGCUGUAGUUUGUGUCAAACCAAAAUAUUUUUCACUGGGAGCAGUAUUUUUUUUUUGUUUUUUUUUCUGAAGGAUCCGUCGGGUGAAAACCUCACUCAACCUGGGCCUGCAGUGUGUGUCAGCUCGCUGUUAAUCAUUUGUAGUCUUUAACCUCAAGCAGAGAUAACCCCAAUUUUUCUCACACUUGAAAAUGCCUCUGCAGACAUGAAAGACAGCUGACUUCUUGGACUCAAGUCGGGUUUCCCACUGCUUGAAAACCAACCGCAAUCUAUAAAUCGGAGCUUCUGCUCUGACCUCGACCCUGAGGUCAAAGUUUGCCUUCCAUUUUAUUGCUGGCUAAUACUGUAAGGCUGCACAGAGGGCAAGCUUUUCUUGACUCUCGUUAACUUUCCAAAGGUUAUAAAAUGUGUUUUGUUUUCCCUCAUCAGCACGUCGGGGUUUUUUCUCUACUUGAAUGAACUGCACAGUAUUGUAUUAACAGUAUUGUAUGCACUGCUGAAUAAGAACUUUUUUUUUUCAUUUCAGAGUUGCUUUUUUUGUUUUUGCAUUUUAGACCAGA